CAGCAAAUAUUUACUGAGUGCUUUUAUUUGCCAGGCACUGCGUUAGACCCUGGGAAACAUCAGUGAAUAAAACAUAGUCCCUUCCCACAGUGCUUAGGGACUAGUGGAGGAAGAAAAGUAACCAGGCAACUACAAUACAGUGAUAAGUACUAGGAUACAGAACUACAGGGCACUAUGGGAGCAGGCAUUCUGCAUAGAUGGGUGGAAAUAGGGAUGUCAGUUUAAAAGUUGAGACCUGAAGGGUGAGUAGAUGACAACCAGGCAGGGUAAAGGGAAGAGUAUCCCAGGCAGAGAGGCCAACAUAUAAUGAACACUGAGUAGGAACUGGGAAGAAUUGUUUGGAAUGAAAAAUGAAGAGGGAGUGGCUAGACCAAGACUGCAGGUGGUUAAGGACUUUUGCCUUCUGGGGGAGCUGUGAAAUGUUUUAAGCAGAAAUUUGACUGCCUGGGAGAAGUAUAGGGUUGAGAAAAGUAGUCCUCUGAAGCUUAAGAGAGUGUCCUAUCAACUCCAGUCCCCUCAUCUUGGGUAUCCUAGUAGCCCUAACCCAAAACUCCAAGCAUCAUCUCCAUCUGGGAUUCCUUCACAAGCACCGGAGCAUCCUGUGCUAGGUGCUGAACUCAGGUGGAUAAGAGAUUGAGGCAGUUCCCAUGGCUCCUGCUGCACCCAGGUGUUGAGCCUAAAUCUGAACCUUGUGUGAGAGAUCACAAGAAAGCUUCCUAACAGCACUUUGGUUUAGUCAGGGCUCAGAUGUCAUCACCUGUAUGCCCUUUAGCCAAGGAAAGCCCCAGAAUUUUUCAGGAUUCUCCCCACCUCUGGAAGGCUGGAGCAAGGGGACAGCCCACUCAGUAUAUUCCCAUAGCACUAGGUUCCUCACAGGCCUGUCUUUGCCUUUUGUCAUGGUUACUGCAGCUCCCAGGCAGUUUUCAGGGCUUUGGUCAGCUUGCAGUCAUCUGACUAGAGCUUGACUUUUGGGACAAGGAAGGUGGUUCUCAUAUGAGCUGCCACUUAAUGGGCCACUGGGGAUUUUUCAACAUGAAAGUUACUGGGUCUCCAAAUGCUGGUGGUAGGGCCUAAAAACAGGGCUCAACUCCAGGUUCUGCCACUUUCUAGCUGAGUGAUCAGGGCUAACAUCUGGGGGAGCCAGAUCCCUGUCUCUUCCAUUGUAAAACAGGGCUAAUACACUAGCUAGUACAGUUAUGACUAUUAAAGAAUAUAUGUAAAGUGGCUAGUUCUGUGUCUGGUACAUCAUAACCACACUGUCCCUGUAAACUGUUACAAUUAUUUUCCACUUGGGGCUGCUUUUUGCACAAGGCAAUGAUUCCGAGAAUUGCCCAGUGUCUUUGGUGUGAGGAAGGGAGCCGCUGGAUGGUCUGAACCAGAAUUUCCUCAGGAGGGGGCUCCUGAGGCACCCACAGCCUAAUCAAGUCCCCCAUCUUUCUGCCCCUUAACUCCUUCUCCCAGAGCUCUUAGUACUGUCCUUCUGCCGCCCAGAGAUCGUGCUAACGUACAGAUGGUCUCUACGUCUUCCUGGUCAGCCGAUAGACUAGCAUAUUUCAUAGGAGCACCCCAAGGAAGCAGGAAAGGGCGCCGCCAGGAGGCAGGCAGCCCAGACGGGCUCCCAGAGUCUGAAAUCUCUGCUGCCCCAGUUGCCUCUUCUUGACGGAGUCUCAUCUCAGGUCCUGGGACCGACUACACCGCCAUUCCCGGAGUCCUCGGGAGCCGGAGGCAGCUGGCGGGGAUCCGAGAUCCGGGAUCCGGGAUCCGGGAUCCGGGAUCCGAUUCGCCGGCUCCCCAGCAGCACCGCGGAGGCAGCGUCUGCAGGAGAGGCUGGUGUGAGUGGCAGGAGCCAUCUGUGGGCACCAUGGCAAAGAGGGAGGACAGCCCUGGCCCAGAGGUCCAGCCGAUGGACAAGCAGUUCCUGGUAUGCAGCAUCUGCCUGGAUCGGUACCAGUGUCCCAAGGUUCUUCCUUGCCUGCACACCUUCUGUGAGAGAUGUCUCCAGAACUAUAUCCCUGCCCAGAGCCUGACGCUAUCCUGUCCAGUAUGCCGGCAGACGUCCAUCCUUCCGGAGCAGGGUGUCUCAGCACUGCAGAACAACUUCUUCAUCAGCAGCCUCAUGGAGGCAAUGCAGCAGGCACCUGAUGGGGCCCACGACCCCGAGGACCCCCACCCCCUCAGUGCAGUGGCUGGCCGCCCUCUCUCCUGCCCCAACCAUGAAGGCAAGACGAUGGAGUUUUACUGUGAGGCCUGUGAGACAGCCAUGUGUGGCGAGUGCCGCGCAGGAGAGCAUCGUGAGCAUGGCACAGUGCUGCUGAGGGAUGUGGUGGAACAGCACAAGGCAGCCCUGCAGCGCCAGCUUGAGGCUGUGCGUGGCCGAUUGCCACAGCUGUCUGCAGCAAUUGCCUUAGUCGGGGGCAUCAGCCAACAGCUGCAGGAGCACAAGGCAGAGGCCCUGGCCCAGAUCAGUGCAGCCUUCGAGGACCUGGAGCAAGCGCUGCAGCAGCGCAAGCAGGCUCUGGUCAGCGACCUGGAGAACAUUUGUGGGGCCAAACAGAAGGUGCUGCAGACCCAACUGGACACACUGCGCCAGGGUCAGGAACACAUUGGCAGUAGCUGCAGCUUCGCAGAGCAGGCACUGCGCCUGGGCUCGGCCCCGGAGGUGUUGUUGGUGCGCAAGCACAUGCGAGAGCGGCUGGCGGCGUUGGCGGCACAGGCCUUCCCGGAGCGGCCACACGAGAAUGCACAGCUGGAACUGGUCCUUGAGGUGGACGGGCUGCGGCGGUCGGUGCUCAAUCUGGGCGCACUGCUCACCACAAGCGCCACUGCACAUGAGACGGUGGCCACAGGGGAGGGGUUGCGCCAGGCGCUAGUGGGCCAGCCUGCCUCGCUCACUGUCACUACCAAAGACAAGGACGGGCGGUUGGUGCGCACAGGCAGCGCCGAGCUGCGUGCAGAGAUCACUGGCCCUGAUGGCACGCGCCUUCCGGUGCCAGUGGUGGACCACAAGAAUGGCACAUAUGAGCUGGUGUACACAGCCCGCACGGAAGGCGAGCUGCUCCUCUCAGUGCUGCUCUACGGACAGCCAGUGCGCGGCAGCCCCUUCCGCGUGCGUGCCCUGCGUCCUGGGGACCUGCCACCUUCCCCCGACGAUGUGAAGCGCCGCGUCAAGUCCCCUGGUGGCCCCGGCAGCCAUGUGCGCCAGAAGGCGGUGCGUAGGCCCAGCUCCAUGUACAGCACAGGCGGCAAACGAAAGGACAACCCAAUUGAGGAUGAGCUCGUCUUCCGUGUUGGCAGUCGUGGAAGAGAGAAAGGCGAAUUCACCAAUUUACAAGGUGUGUCUGCAGCCAGCAGCGGCCGCAUAGUGGUAGCAGACAGCAACAACCAGUGUAUUCAGGUUUUCUCCAAUGAAGGCCAGUUCAAGUUCCGUUUUGGAGUCCGAGGACGCUCACCUGGACAGCUGCAGCGCCCCACAGGUGUGGCAGUGGACACCAAUGGAGACAUUAUUGUGGCAGACUACGACAACCGUUGGGUCAGCAUCUUCUCCCCUGAGGGCAAGUUCAAGACCAAGAUUGGAGCUGGCCGCCUCAUGGGCCCCAAGGGAGUGGCCGUGGACCGGAAUGGACAUAUCAUUGUGGUCGACAACAAGUCUUGCUGCGUCUUUACCUUCCAGCCCAAUGGCAAACUGGUUGGCCGUUUUGGGGGCCGUGGGGCGACUGACCGCCACUUUGCAGGCCCCCAUUUUGUGGCUGUGAACAACAAGAAUGAGAUUGUAGUAACGGACUUCCAUAACCAUUCAGUGAAGGUGUACAGUGCCGAUGGAGAGUUCCUCUUCAAGUUUGGCUCCCAUGGCGAGGGCAAUGGGCAGUUCAACGCCCCCACAGGAGUAGCUGUGGACUCCAAUGGAAACAUCAUCGUGGCUGACUGGGGUAACAGCCGCAUCCAGGUAUUCGACAGCUCUGGCUCCUUCCUGUCCUAUAUCAACACAUCUGCAGAGCCACUGUAUGGUCCACAGGGCCUGGCACUGACCUCGGAUGGCCACGUGGUGGUGGCUGAUGCUGGCAACCACUGCUUUAAAGCCUAUCGCUACCUCCAGUAGCUGCACAGAGGCCCUGCCUGGCUUGUGGAGGGACAGACAUUGGGGUGAUUGGACAAGAGGGUCUGGCUGGGAGGUGGGCCAGACCUGGCAGCACUGAAUGUGGGCUGUGGGCAUGGGUGUGCCCGGUGCCCUCCCUCUCCUACCCCCACCCCCACGGUUGCACUUUAUUUAUUCGGUUCUUGCUUUGGUGACUGGGUGAGCCUGGACUGUGGUCCCAAGGAUGUGUGCAGAGCUUUACCCUACCCUUCUUACACACCUCCCCUCCCCCCUCAGUCUGCUCCCCAUCCCCCAGCCUGGGGCCAGAACAGCCUCUUACUCCAGGACAGAAGUCCCUCUGGUUGUCUCCCUACCACCCUAUACACACUGACAGAGACAGCAAUACCCCACCCCCCAUAUUAAAUAAAUGUCUUCACCAAGA